CCAUAUGUGCAAUCCAAACAGAUUGUUCUAUGUAAACCAGUUUCUCGAUACAGUUCGGUAUUGUUUUGAGCUAAUCCCUUUCAUUAUUUUCUACCAUGGUUAUCUUGACUGCAUCCCUGUUUAUUUUGUUUAUUCUGGAUUCCAAUGAAUCCAUCAAUUCGUUCGGACCAUAAUACCUAAAUUUAAAUGUGGCCAAACACCCUAACUGCUGGGUAUUCCCAUUAUUCCAGAUGCAACCCAGAGAGCGAAUUGACAUUCCCUGGAUUUGGAAGUACCUGCGGUGGAGGCACUGCAGGAAUGGCCUACCUAAAAACUGCUCCCUAUACUGUACCGGGCCUCGGAUUACAUGGGAUUCCUGUAGACUCAUUACAUCCAUCAAUGGGAUAUCCUGGUGGAAAUCAACGGAAACAACGUAGAGAACGGACAACUUUCACCAGAGCACAACUGGACGUUCUGGAAACGCUGUUCGCUAAAACGAGGUAUCCUGAUAUUUUCAUGAGAGAGGAGGUGGCUUUGAAGAUAAACCUUCCAGAAUCCCGGGUUCAGGUCUGGUUCAAGAACAGGCGAGCAAAAUGUCGACAGCAACAGAAACAACACACCCAACAACAAAGUACAGAGAAGACAACGAGGCUCAAAACCAAGCCACCCACAAACAUUGUGACCAAACCAGCAACAACUCCCGUAUCCAACAACAAUAGCACAGGUUCCUCUGCUGGAUCACCAGUCAUACACCCAGCGCCACAUCUUAGAGGAAGUCCGAACUACGUCAAGUCAGAAAUACCUGUGACGACAGCUGCUGCCAAUUCACCUUCGAUACCAGCCUCAAUGUACACGAAUUCCACGAAUGGCAGCAUUUGGUCGCCUGCCUCGAUCGAUAGUUUCGCUCUGGAACAACACCGCUCUUGGACGUCACAGCCUCCCAUGCUGAACACGACGAACAGCUCGACCAACUCUUACAACAAUUAUCCAUAUUACUCCAACAUGGAUUAUCUCAGCUCAACGGGCAUGAGUCAUUCACAAUUUGGGGUAAAUAAUCCACCUUUAAAUUAUAUAGAUGAUAGAGGCUAUGAAGAAGGCUAUCGGGAUAACGGGAUAGAAUCGUCCUGGAGCAAAACUAGGGACGAAUCUUCGUGGAUGUACAAUUCGGGAUGGGAGCGAAAAUGAAAAUGGCAGUAUUCUCGUUUAACAGAGUUCAGCAAUAUUAGUUUUAAAGAGGAAUAAGACGAACUAUGGUCCUUCUGUUGAUGAGGAACGCCCUGUUCUGAAUAUCAUAAUGUACAUAUAGUCACUUUUAAUGAUUUCAGAGAUCAGAUCCUCGUGUUGAGAAGGGUCGUAUUGAUGCGUAAAAAUAGUCACGUAUAAUUUUGGUUCGUAACGAAAGUUUGUGAUUAUCAUCGAUAAUUUUAUUGGUCUGAUGCAGGGAGUAUACAGCUUUAAUUCGGAUGGCUCUAAAAUCAAACUUAUACAGAUGAAAACAUGAAUAUAUGUACAUAAACUUGAAUCUGUAACGUUAGUCUUAUUCGGCCAUUGUAGCGUCUACUCAUCGCUAAAUAUUUAAUAUUUAUUUAUGUCUGUGUAGUUUUCUACUUUUUAAUUGGAAGGGGUGGAAAUCUGUAUGCAGUCUUCUGAGUAAAAGUUUAAAGGUUCCUAACAUCGUUUAUUUGUGUUAAUGGCCUAUUGAAGCAACGAUAUUGGGACUAUGAGAUUUUUGUUGUUUUUUUUUGUUGAACCAAAUGAGAGAAUUUCUGUAUAUUUACCGAAAUAUAUAUUAUUUAUUUAUUCUGUGAAUAAAAUGAAAAUUUUUCUUCAUUUUUAUUUCAUCCAAACAAUAAUAAAUAAAUGGGAAAAAUCAGGUGGUAAAAUCAUAAAAAUCUGCAACAUAUCAUUUUAUUGCAUUGGACUAAUGAAAAUCGACAGUUAAAUAAAAAAAUUGAAACUUUAUCUUGACCGGUUGGGCUCAAAAUUAAAAUUAUUUCACAUCAAUUUUACUAUUAGUAGCAGAUUCAUAAGAAUGUUUCACCCGAAACCCAGAUUUUUUCUAUUUAUAUUUUAUCACAUGACUCACCUUAUUUGAUUCCCGAAAUAAAACAAAACGGAUGUGAAAAACGUGUUGUCAGCAUGUACGAAAUAAGAAUAAAAAUGUAUAUUUUUCUUGUCAGACCAACACAAUAAAUAAACGAAUUUAAAAGCUAAGAGAUUGUAAGAACUAGUCAAAAGUGCCAAAUGGGCAUAUAUAGUUCAUCGAAUAUCACUAGGUACUCGUAAAUGUACAUAUCGUAGAUAUUUAAGUCCAAAAUUUGUAAAAUGUUAUGUGAUCGUUAGUAAUUAUAUUUAACUGUAAGGCCUAAUGUUUUUUUGUUCUACAACAAAAUCUUCAAAGAAAAAUAGCAACAUAUGGCUCGAGUUAGAGCCAAAAAACGAACUGAAGAGAUUAUUUUUUGUACAGAUUUAUUUGAAAUUCCACCAGUGGCACAUUGUUCGUUACAUACUUAAUGUAAAUUUUCGAAAUUUUCCAACCGAAUCAGAUUCACUAGAUGGAAAAAAAUGUAAAUGAUCUCUUGUAUAAAACUGAAACAAUUUAUGUUGAUUGAAUUUUUAGGUUGUAGAGGAUCAUUUUGUAUAAUAUAUAAUUAUAAAAUUGUAUUUAAUUUAAAGAAUUAUACAAUAAAUAACUAACAAGUGA